UUGUUUCUAGGUCAACCUGGACCCAAGGGACCUCCUGGACCAGACGGCAAACCCGGAGCUGACGGCAACCCUGGUCAACCUGGACCUCCCGGACCACCUGGACAAGCAGGAGAGCGUGGUAUUUGCCCCAAGUACUGCGCCAUCGAUGGAGGCAUCUUCUUUGAGGACGGCACUCGUCGUUAA